GUAAAACUACAAAAAACACCUUUUUGGACUCAAAAUUAUCAAAUUUUAACGAAAUAAUUUUAGACAAAACUAAAGUGCGUUUAGAAAUCAUAAAAAUUAACGUUAAAUAGUAGUUUUUAACAAGAAAAUAGCAUAAGUGAAAAAAUUUUCCAAUGACGUUUCAUGGGUGAGCAUGAUAACGCAGCGCAACAAUAUGUCUCGUUGUUUAUGAAACUAAUUGAAUAUGAUGAAAGGCGACAGACCGAAUAAAAAACUCAUCUAAGAAGAAACUAAUACAUUAAGUAAUAAUAAUAAAAAAAAUCUAAAUCGCUAAACAAUCAUGGCAGAACAACAACGUCAGUCACUCUGUCCCCGGCUAAUAGACUAUCUGGCAAUUGUUGGUGCCCGAUCAAACACAGUUCCUAGACCAAGUUCGACGAGUACGACAUCGGCAUCGGGACCGCCUCCCGUACAGAUUCCGGAGUUGCUGCGUCGUUAUCCACCGACAGAUCAUGCGGAUUUUCCCCUGCCCCUCGACAUGGUCUACUUUUGUCAGCCCGAGGGGUGUGUGAGUGUCGGACCACGUCGUACGGGCGCCGCUAUACGUGAUGCCUCAUCGUUCGUGUUCCAACUCACGGAUAAGGAUUCGGGAAAGACGCGUUUUGGGAUCUGCAUCAACUUUUACAGACCCGUGGAAAAAUAUCACAACAACAGUUCAAGUGGGUCUGGGCAUCCAACGGGCGUUCCAGCAACACGUGGUCGACGCAGUUCAAAUUUUCGACGCGAAUCGUGGCGGAAGAGUAUGGAUAAAAGUUCGGAUUCGGCAUUUUCGAGCGAUCAUCGGAGCAAUGUGGGGGCGCCUAGUGACUCAGAUCGCGAUGUACCAAGCAGUCGAAGGGAUUCAGAUCCGCCGCCGCAAGCAGUUCCGCGGCUUGGUGUAACACAUCCCGACUCUGAAUCGGGCGGAAGUCAUUCGCCAUCGCCACGGGCAUCGCGGAGACGGAACAAAGUACGAAAUCAUAGCUUGACGUCGCUUUGUAUCAUCUCGCAUCACCCCUUUUUCUCGACAUUCCGCGAAUGUUUGUACAUUUUGAAGAAAUUAAUUGACGCGUGUCACGAAUCAUCGAGCCCGAGACGAGUUGGAGGCUCGAAACAUCCGUGCCGCGACAGCGUAUGGACCGUGUUGACAAAUCAGGCGACCGCCAAUACUUCAAGCAUCGUGAUUCAUGACGUCAAAGAGAUUGAAACGUGGAUUCUGCGACUGCUUUCGAGUCCUGUGCCGAUUCCAGGAUCAACCAGAGUUGAACUUGAAGCAUUAUCGCCAACGGUACAUGAACCGUUGCUAUUUGCGUUGCCGGACCACACACGUUUCACUCUCGUCGACUUUCCUUUGCAUCUUCCACUAGAAUUACUCGGUGUCGAUACAUGUCUGAAAGUUCUGACGUUAAUGUUGCUAGAAAAUAAGAUUAUCAUACAGUCGCGUGAUUACAACGCCCUAUCGAUGUCUGUGAUAGCCUUUGUUCAGUUAAUCUAUCCAUUAGAGUACAUGUUUCCCAUAAUCCCGCUUCUACCGACGUGCAUGGGAAGUGCCGAGCAAUUGUUACUUGCGCCAACGCCAUUUAUCAUCGGAUUACCUGCGUCGUUCCUUAUGUACAAGAAGAAUUUUAGACUACCAAACGACAUUUGGCUCGUCGAUUUGGACUCUAACAAGUUAAUGGCUCCUCCCGGCGGUGAAGAAAUUCCAGCGUUGCCUGAGCCGGAAGGGACAAUUCUGAAAAAUCAUCUUAAACAGGCAAUGCAUCUGAUGGACCAAAAUGGAGCUGGUGCAUUGAGUUCAAUGAACAAUGGGGUAAAUUCUGUGGCAAAUCAACAGCUUUUGCCGUCAUAUCGUGAUGGAUUAGGUGGAGCGCAACAAUUGAAUUUACAACCUGCUCAAUUGGCGUUCUCGCAACCUGGUUCUGCGAAUAAUAGUGCUCGUAGUUCAUUCUCGGGCAUUGCUGGAACUCCUCGACAGCCCAGUCCAAUAGGACAACCGCCUCAAAUGAGUCCUUUUGUCUUCGGAAAUGACGUGGAUUCCGUAGAUAUUGCAACUCGAGUUGCCAUGGUUCGAUUUUUCAACUCACAAAAUACUCUAGCCAACUUUUCGGAACACACGAGAACCUUAAGGCUCUAUCCGCGUCCCGUUGUGGCAUUCCAAAUCAACAGUUUUUUGCGUUCUCGUCCACGAGCGUCAGUUUUCCUUAGUAAAUUUGCCAAAACUCAAGCUGUAGAGUUCCUUGCUGAAUGGUCUUUGACUCCAACGAACGUCGCUUUUCUGCGCGUUCAAACCGGAAUUGCUGAUCCGAAUCAAGUUGGUGACAAGCCCAAGUGGUUUGCGCAUCAAUUGACCCCCAUCAGAUUUUCCGUGUGGGACGAUGGAAGUUCCUUAAAUGGUGCGUUACGCAGCAUGACGCAAUGGGACGGCCAACCCACGGACGAAAGUGGCUCCGAUUCGGAAAAUGGCGAAAGCACAAGUUCAUCGUAUUCGUCGCUGAGUGAUUUUGUCUCGGAAAUGGUUUCGUCAGAUCUCUCGCCGAGCGUGCAUGACGUCAUUAUGAAUCCGAAUCAGCCGCACAAGCAUUACGUGCCGAUUUCGUUGUCGUCGAACAUUGAUACGAAACUCGUGUAUCAUCCGCCGAAGGCGCUGCUGUAUCCGGAGGGCAUGAGACCACGUGGCGGUGACUCGGAUCAAGAAAGACCUGAUUCGCCGGCAUCGUCGACUUCAAGUCGUUCUGAUUUGAGUUCGCCCACGUUUGAUCGCGACUCGGAAAUUGAGUAUAAUCCGCAGACGAGGAGUCAAACGGUGUUGUCGGGACGCGGAAAUGACAAAGAAGGCAGUUUUGAGAAUGAAUCGGAUUCGAAUUCGACGACGACUCCGAAAACGAUAAUUUCCAAGGAGAAUCUCAUGGAAGAGACUCGAAGCAGUAGUCGAGUGAUGAAGGCUCCGCUUCCUCCCCUCAGUCCAGGUCUUUCCCGCCAAACAAGCGUCGGAAAUGUUCUCGCACGAACUUCGAGCUCGGGCUCUGCGGGAUCUGGAAGCAGCCAUCAUCCGUCAUUAGGCUCAGCAGGAACACAGCGUCAAAAUUCCCAAAGUUCCCUCUUUGAAGCAUUCGCUAGCACAGCAAAAGAAUUGGUGAAAGAAACAACCCGCCAAGGAAGUCAAGAAGGAUUACUCGCACACAUGGAUAAGUUGACACUUCACGCUAAAAAGGCUGCCGAAGAAGCAUCCAAGCACGCUCUCGAAGCUUCCAAACAAGCCGCUGACGUUGGCAAGAAAAACUUGGAAGAUCUUUCGUACGUCUCGAAAUCCACGCUGGGCGAUUUAACCAAAACCGCCAAAGAAGCUGCCGUCAAAAAAGGUCUCAUUCUCAUCGAAUCCGAAGGCGGAGUUCAAUCUCCGACCGCAAUGCAAAAACGUCCGCCACAAGAAACUUCAACGACUGUCGCCACGAAUCAAAGUACGACAAGCGGGCACUUUUUCUCGUCAUUCACGAGCGACAUUACGGGUCUUACGCAAUCGACAUCGAGUAUGUUUUCGGGACUUUUUGGCAACAAAUCGUCACAGCAACAACAACAGCAGGCGCAAUAUCAACAGCAACAACAACAGCCACAAAAGCAAUCAGGAAAGAUACUGGGCUUUGAUCCGUUCCCAAGUCGCAAGGGAUUGGUCGAGAGAAAUCCGUUGAUAAAACAUGCGGGACCGAAACAGACGCAAGAGGAUUUCACAAGACAGCAGAAUGCCGAAAGAACGAGCAGUAAUUCGGAAAAUCAGGCUUUCUUGAAUGAUUUAAUGAACCAAGUACUUAACGGUGAAGGCGUUGGUUGGCUCAAACUCAAUCGACUGAAGAAAUUAAUGGAAGACGAAUCUUAUCGCAUGCUCGUCCUCAAAAAAUUGAACAAGACUUUAGACAAGAAAAUCGCUCCUGACGAUCACAUCGACGACAUUUGCGUUCCAAAACCCGUGUGGAAGGGAAUGCUCAAAUGCUUACAAGCCGUAACUCAUGGCUUGGAACAAACGAAUCUCAAUAACGGACUUGGUGGCAUGGCAUCCGUUUUCCAGAUGAUGGAAGUUGCUCACACGCAUUACUGGAGCAAAGAACUUGCCGAUAUGUCGUCAGAUAUGGGUUCGAGUCGUUAUGGAAGUCAGACGGUCUCUCCAACGGAAAGUCGAGACAACUUGCGAUCACCACAAAGCCCGACAGAACAUGCCGUGCAUUGGGAUGCCUCACGAAAGGGUUCCGUGAGCAAUAUUAGCCGACGAACGUCGGAACAUGACCCAGAUGCGAAUCAAUCGACGACGGAAAUGUUCAAAGAUAUGUUGUCGCAGAAGAAAAAUAUGCUUUUGAGUAAAUUGACGUCUUUUGAGUCAGAUACUCCAAGUCAUAUCUCAGUAGCGAGUGAUGUAUUACCGCCUGGUGGUACAUUGGUUCCGUCAAUUUCGUGUCGUUCAACAGUUUCCGACACCGAAUAUGAGAAUCAACUGCCAUCGUCGAAAAAUUUGUCGGCAAAUCCAAAGGAAAAAGGUCGUUCGGGCAGCAUUUGGUCCGGAAAGUCCUCGUUAAGCGCUGGAUUUCGUUACACCGGAGGUCACAUGAUCCCAACUUCAGCUUCGCCGAGUCCCGAUGCGCCUCGUGUCUAUCUUUUCGAAGGUUUAUUGGGCAAAGAACGCUCCACGUUGUGGGAUCAGAUGCAAUUUUGGGAAGAUGCGUUUCUGGAUGCCGUCAGUCAGGAACGCGACAUGAUCGGAAUGGAUCAGGGACCGGGCGAGAUGAUGCAACGUUACAAAUCGUUAAGCGAUUCGGAGAGAAAACGACUUGAGCAUGACGAGGAUCGGUUACUGGCGACAAUGUUGUACAACUUGACCGCAGUUUUGGUCAUGUUAAAUGUUCAAAAGCAGGAAAUUCAGCGAAAAGUGAGGAGAUUGCUCGGAAAAAGUCACAUUGGACAAGUUUACGCACAAGAAGUUAAUGCCUUGUUGAAUCAAGUUAACAAUUUGAACGGAAAUGACAUCGAUUUGAAGCCAUUGGGCUCAAGACUUUUGCAUCGUCAUAGUUUUACCGUUAAUCAAGGUGUUGAUCCCACGGGUCCUCUGCGAUUUAUGGAAGUGCGGGAUGAUGGGUUGAUUUUGAGAUCUGUCACAGGCACCAUUGUGGAACGUUGGUGGUACGAAAGACUCGUGAACAUGACAUAUUCUCCAAAAACUCGUGUUUUGUGUCUUUGGCGAAGGAAUAAAGAGCAAACACAACUUCACAAAUAUUAUACGAGAAAGUGCAAGGAUCUCUACAACUGCAUCAAGGAUGCCAUGAAGCGCAGUGGUUGCGCAGGUCAAGCUUCUGAACUAGGAGGUGAAUUUCCAGUUCAAGAUCUCGAAACGGGUGAAGGCGGCUUACUACAAGUGUGUCUCGAGGGCGUUGGCUUACUUUUCGCCAACAGCAAAUUUUUCGUGCGAUUACAUCAUAUUAAGAAGGUUUUGAGUGUUCCCGAUAAUGGAGGAAUUUUCAUAUUGGAGGAGUUUAAUCCCAAAACUCGUCAUAUUGUACAGAGGAAAUAUAAGUCACCAAUGGCUGAUCAAAUUUGCUAUUCGGUUCUUUGUCUAUUUUCCUACUUGGCGGCUGGUCAAGAAAACAAAAAAGCAUUGCCAUUCGGACCUACAACGACGCCAGCAAUCACAACAAAUGCUCCCCCGAAAAUGGUCGAGCAAGAAAAACCUCCAGCAUCUCCUCAACCAUCGCCCAAACACCAAACGGAACCAAUUCCGCCGCAAUCUUCUCCUAAAACUGUACAACAUCUCCCACAACAACCCGCUAGCAAGCUCCAAACUGUCGUUGGCAAGCCCAUUGUGACGUCGCCGGCACCCCAAGCAACGCCCCCUAUCGUCACAAAAGUUCAAACUGUUCAACCGGCGCCGAAACCAAACAUUCCUGCACGUCCUGCUUCCGUUAGCAGCCCGGAGCCGCCUAAAAUGAAAGCUCCCGUGUUGCCAACGCGCGUCCAAUCCCAAGGAUCUGUCGGGAUGCCAACGUCAGUAGCACGUGGUCCUCCGCCUGCCAUUCCCCCGCGUACUGGAAAUGUUCCUUUGCGUUCCGAUUCUGUGCAAAUUCCCGAUAGACGCGAAACACGCCAACUAAAACGACAAAUAUCGGCAACAUCUGUUCCUCCAGUGGUAACGCCACAGGCAGCUCCGCAGUUUGUUAUCCCGCCACAGCGAACAAACUCGAGGGGAUCUCUCGCGCGACAAGGAUCCAUGAGUGGAAAUGGUCAACCGAGGAAAUAAACAUCUUAAAAAUUUAUUUUUUUGCAUAUCAUGAAAACAAAGAAAGAUAUCAUAAGCGCGCUAACUUCAGGCUGAUGUACAUUUGAAACAAAAACGAAACGCUUUUUAUCACAAAUUUCAUUAUUUUCCCGCCAUCAACAAUCAUAACCUUAAAGAAAAAAAUCUAUAUUUUUGUUUAACAUAACCUCAAAAGUUAUUAACAUGUUAGUCAGUUAAUGUCUAGUUAAUGAUCAAAAUAUAAGAAAAAAAUAAACAUA